AUGCAGAAUUGGGGAGCUCCCGCAUUCGGGAAGGGCAAGGCGCAGCCAGCCUACGGAAAGGCCAACCCUGUUCCAGCUCGACCUGCUGGCCCUUACGGAGACAGGGGAAAUACUGGCGAUUGGGAUUCCCCACAAUGGGGGAGCCAACAGUUUGCACCUAUGGCUGCGAUGAUGGCCAUGAUGAUGUCAGGUGGGUUCACUGGCGGCAAAGGAGGAAGCCAGGUCAAGGGGGAUCCGAAAUUCUUGGUUUACGUGGCCAACGUUGACUGGAAGGCUACAUGGCAGGAGCUGAAAGACCAUAUGAAACAAGCAGGCAAUGUUGAAUUUUGCUCCAUCCUCACGGAAGGUGGCACCGACUGGGGCAGGUCGAAGGGCGUGGCUUGCGUGCGCUACGCGACGGUUGAAGAUGUCGCCAAUGCGAUAGCGACCCUAAACCAAUCCGACUUCAAAGGUCGACCUAUAAAGGUGGACCAUUGGACGAGCAAGACAGCGAGCGUCUGA